AUGGGCAUAAAAAUUCUCUUUUGCAUUCUGUUCAUUAUCUCAUUGAGUCACUCCGUUUUAUCGAAGGCUGAUGAAAAGAAACCAUCCUGUCUCACUCUUAAACUCAUUGACAGAGACUCCAUUGAAUCAAACGACCUUACCCGCAUUGAAAAGUUCCGAAAAAUCAUUGAUCGUUCAAAACUUCGAGCUAAUAGUUUGAUGAGUUCAACAUCAGCUUCUGAAGAAAACCCCACAGAUCUCCGCGCUCCAUUUUCAUAUGAAUCGUCGAGUUACGUAGUGCAUUUCUCUCCUCUGUAUAAUCCUCAUGACUCUUCUACGUACAAAUUGUUUCCUUGUGAUCACCCAUUGUGUAAAUCUAAUCAUAAUCAUUGCAAAUUCAAAGAAUGGGAUAGUCCGGAUGUGCAUGUUGAAGGAUUUAUGUCGAGUGAUAGCAAUUCUACGGUUCUUGACGGAGUUGUGUCCGGUUGUGCAUAUGGAACCGUCGGGUUUGGUUUCCAAGAUAAUCCCGAUAAUAAUAUCAAUGGCGUAUUCGGUUUGGGCCCAGGUCCUCGUUCUUUCGCUUCUCAGUUUGCUCCUCAGGGACUUUUCGGUUAUUGUUUAGCAGAUUGGCAUUUUGGACCCCCUGACUAUCCAGGUAAAUUGAUGUUCGGGGAUGACGCACUACUCCCUAUCAGUGGACAUGUUCAAAUAAGUCCGAUUGUGGAGACAGAUGCCAGAAGCUAUUUCUUGAAGUUGGCGGAUAUUCAAAUAGCUACCAAAUGUUUAGGUUUUGAACGGGGUAAAUUCGACCGUGCAAUUAAUGGGCAUGGUGGCUUUAUUAUCGAUUCUGGAACGUCGAUUAGUUACUUUUCCAAUGAUGUCUAUGAUCGUGUGAGACAAGAACUUGUUGAUUAUAUGAAAACUGUUGGGUUACCAGAGAUGGAUGCAUCAUCACACCACUUGGAUUUGUGUUGGAGUAUGCCAAAUGGUGUACCACCUCGCCUCCCAUCCAUGACAUUAUAUUUACAAGAUAACGAGUAUCCAGGUGAACCAGCUGAUUGCGGAAAUCAAGUAGGAGCUCAGCUUAUAAUCAAUCCAUUAAGUCUUUUCCAUAUUGAAGAGAAGGAAAAUCCUCAUAUAUGUCUUGGGAUUAUGCGUACUAAUGGUACAAAUCCUACGUUAAACAUUUUGAGAGCCAAGCAACAAACUUAUAACAAGUUCUCGUUCAAUGGACAGAAUAAGACACUCUCGUGGAUGAGAUGGGAUUGUGGUUACCACCUAAUUAAUGCCGCUUCACCGAAACCUACUGUCAAAUCCUUUAUGCUGAAGAUUUUCGAUUGUAUUGCAGUGGAAAUAUGGGAAGAUAAAGAGGCAGAGAAAAGUUUCUAUUAA